UAUUACCACAUUUCAUAAUCAUACCUGGCAGGCAACACCCAUUUCCUGAGCUCCCAAAUUUCCUCGUAUUCUCGUUCCUGCUCACUCAUAUCGAGCUCCAGAGAGAGAGAAAUUCAGGGCGACGGGAAGGUUCGGUUUAGGCCAGGUCCCGGCUGAGGGAAGGAGAGCUCAAAAAUGGGGGUUAGGUCCGCUGAUUUGGGUGCUGAUGGGUUGAUUUCCGGCGAGAAGAACGCGGUUUCAGACGGAUGAAUUCCGAUAGAGUACCCAAGGCAGAAUAGGCAGAAUACGCGAGAGAAAGAGAGGAGGACAAAACGUGCGAUUUCCUUGGCGAUUUCUUGGCGAUUCCCUUCAUAUUUCGGAUCGCUGAUGGGGAUGAACACAAUGAAUAUAGCUAAGAUGAAUUUGUGAAGUUGGGAGCUGUUUAUAUUUUGCAUUCUAGUCAGGGAAGAAAUGAAGGCAGGGAGUGCGGCAAAGCUGAUUGUCGAUGCGCUGCUGCAGCAGUUCCUUCCUCUUGCCAGGCGACGCAUUGAAACUGCUCAAGUUCAGGAUGGACAGUAUCUUCGUCCAUCAGAUCCAGCUUAUGAACAAGUAUUGGAUUCUUUAGCGAUGGUGGCUCGACAUAACCCUGUACCUUUACUCGAGGCUCUUUUAAGAUGGAGAGAAAGUGAAUCUCCAAAAGGUGCUAAUGAUGCUUCAACAUUUCAAAGGAAGCUUGCAGUGGAAUGUAUUCUUUGCUCUGCAUGCAUUCGCUUUGUUGAAUGCUGUCCACAAGAAGGACUUACAGAAAAACUUUGGAUUGGGCUUGAAAACUUUGUCUUUGACUGGUUGAUUAAUGCAGACAGGGUUUCAGAAGAGCGGAGCUACAUAUCUGCCUACGGCGGCCUGUACUACGAAGGACACAUCUGAGCUCAUCCACCAGCAAUCAUGGGUAUUUCUCGGGAUUCUAUGCACAAGAGGCGUGCCACUGGAGGCAAGAAGAAGGCAUGGAGGAAGAAGCGAAAGUAAUUUUUUCUUCAUCGUUUAGAAAUUCGAUUUUUUACCUUAUUUCAGUGCUUAUUCUGCUAUUUAAUCUUGCUCUUCGUUCAAUAUCUCAAAUUUGCUUUCUUUACUUCUGAUUUUUCGUGUUCUGUUAUAUAGGUCUUCUGCAAAUUAAAUUACGAAUCCGUUUUAUUGUAAUUAAUGUGCAGAGAAAAUUUAAAAUGUUUUUCUAAUUUCUUGAUAUAGGUAUAAAACUCAUUGGAUUUAUUACUGCUAUUUCUGUUGAAAUAGUUUUGCAUAUUUAAUUCAAAACUUUUUUUAGUUUGGUA